AUGGCCAUACCCCAGAACCUCCAGAUGAAAACCCAGCACAUCCGUGCCAACUGGGCUCGCCACUGCAACACCGUGCUCUACAUGAGCUCUGAAACUACUGACGUCCCCACCAUGGGGCUUAGACCAUCAGGGCAGCUGAUGUCACUCUGUCCUGCUGACUGCACAUCCCCAUCGCCUUCACGACCAGAGUGGUUCCGCAAAGCUGACGACGUGGUGGUGGAGAACCUGCGCCACUUGUUGUGUGGGUACGGCCCCAAGAAGCCCGUUUGCCUUGGGCCCAGGUUCCGGGUGUUUGUCCAGCAGGGCUACAUGAGCGGUGGUGCGGGCUACAGGCUUAGCCGAGAGGUGCUGUGGAGGUUUGUCCAAGGCAAGGCAAGGCAAGGCAAGGCAAGGCAAGGCAAGGUUCUGGCCUGGGCAAGCACUUCACCUCAUUGGAGGAUGCAGCCUUGGGCCAGUGCGUGGAGACCACGAAGGCCGAGGGAGAGACGAGAAGGACAGAACCAUUUAAUCUCUUCCCUCGAGCCAGCCACCCCCUACCACCUGGCAACGGAAGGCAGUUCUGGGGAUACAGUUACUACCCUACAAGACAAGGUCCAGAAUAUCAUUUCAUGGUGACGGACUGAUAGUGACGUAUGUGUUGGAGUACUAUAUCCAAUAUUUGCCUGCUUUUGGAGACAAAUACAGGUUGAGGCCAGUGGUCUCAUGGAACAUCACCCAGCAAUCCUGAGUCAGCUAAUGUCCUUGUUUUACUAAAAACCUACAGACAAAGCCAAGCAAAUCCAACAAAACCUGGAGAUUUAAUCAAGGACACACACAGAACACGAAUCUGUUUUAGUAGAAAAAGAGACUUUUAUUUAAAAUUGAUAAGCAUUUUGGUCUGUUUCAAUAUGUUUAUUCUUAUGAUAAGGAUGUUUGUUUAUUUUAGAAACAAGAAAGGAUCUUAUUUAAACCCUGCGAGCUUAUUUGUGGUAUAUCAUUAAUGUAAAUGAAAGCCUAACUUAAGCUAAUCAGAGUAUAUCUAAUAAAAUGUAAAUAUGGUACAAAUAUUAAUGGGAGAGAUGAAGACAAAUCAGAGUAUAUCUAAUUAAAUAUGAAGGUGUGGCAGCAGUGAAUACCAUGAGCAGUAAUACAAACACUUAACACUUAAGGGUGGAGAAGCACCCUUAGAGAACUGCUGAAUUUCUACUGAAGAAUCAACGAGACAUGAAUGAUUUUGAAAAAGCAGGACUUUAGUGCAGGACUUUAAAGCUGCAUUUGGUGGAACAGUGUGUAGCUCCUUUUUCAACAAGGACUUUCAAUUAAAGCAUUCAGCCUCACUUAUCUCACUGAUGUGAACCGCUACUCACUCAGAGAUGCAGGCGGCUUCGGUGGUCUAACGGACUUAGUGUCCAGGUGUGUUUGCAAGGUGUGGCAUGUCACAGCAAUGUGAAGAGGGUAUAAUGGAAUUGGUGUGUGAUAUAAUUUUUACUUUGAUCAGGGAAGAUGCCGUCAGAAAAAAAAAUAAAAAUCCACAUGAAUCAUUCUUUCAUGGAGACAGUCUGGAGGAUUUGUAAAAACAUUCAGCAGGUCCUCUGGAACUACAGAAUAAACACUAUCAUGUGCAGAGGGAAAUACGGACAUCGGAACAUAUUAAUAAGUAUACAUUCAGAUAAAUUCCUCCUAACCAGUGUCACCAUAACAUAUAUGUGAUAAAAUAAACUGAAAGGAUACAGCUGGUGCAGGCCUUCAUUAAUAACUGACCUCGGAAACACAC